AUGCAUGAUAAGAAUCGACUGAUGGAAAGCAACGCUCGAAAACAUGGCACAGUCGUAUACAAACACUGUAAUGCACCAAGAGCUAAUGAGAUCAUAAUAACGCUUCAAGCUAUAGCAGCAGUAACACAAACUAAACUCCGUCAAUGGGCCAUUAGUGGUCCAAAUUGCAAGCUGGAGCGAGCUAUACUAGCUGGCCACGGCCGCCGCUUGCUAGAAGAGGAGGCAUUACCAUUGUCAAAAUACCACAUAAAUCUGAUAGCGAAAUGUAACGCGUUGCAUGAAGCUGCUAGCAAAGGAUCUCUGUUGGAGUUACAGGCUCUUCUGGAAGGUGAAUACAACCACCACAAGUACGUAAUGUGUUACGACGAGGCUGGUGUAGGUCUCCUACAUAAGGCUGUGUUCUAUAACUUCAUAGAUAUAGUGGAGUGGCUUGUUAAAAACUAUCCUCAAUUGGUGCACCAGAGGGAUUCGUUGGGUCGUACGCCGUUGCACUACACCGCUGCGAGUAGGUCCGAAGGCUCAGCUAGUUCAUUGCUGGAGUGUGCGGGGGCUGACAGGGGCGCGAGGGACGCCGCCGGACAUACUAUAGCUCACUACAGAACCAACCUCACUCAACUAGCGCUACCCGACAUGCCAACCCGACCUAGCCCGCCCGGACUGGUGAUAAAGCGUCAUAACAUCCGGAUAUGGUGCCAUGAGUGUGAUAUGGGGAAGCUGCAGCGUGUGGUGUGGGAGGGACAGGGAGCGAGGCUCCUCAGCGAAGUAUCCAGCCAGCCAGUUGUUAAGAAGUUUCUAGAAGCUGUGCCCUAUAUUAUGAACACUAUACGCGACAUCCACAAUGCAGUAAUACAAAACGACUUAGAGGGACUCUUAAAAUUAACAGCUGAUCCGGUACCGCCUCACGCUCUCUCCUGCAGAGAUAGCAAUAACAUGACGCCGAUGCAUAAAGCAGCAGGUUUAGGCCACGGCGGUAUUUUAAAGUACAUCAUUGAAAGGUAUCCACAAGGUAUAAAGGAUGUUGACAACGAUGGACGAACUCCUCUACAUUAUGCUGCACUUGUGAAAGACGAUCAGCAUACUUAUAAUACUCUACUAGGAUCUGGAGCAGACGAAAGUGCUGUUGACAACAAAAAUAAAACACCUGGUUAUUAUAUAAAUAAGAGUCAUGAUAUCGAUAAAAAUAUUUUUAAAACAUUACCCGACGCACCGAGAACGCCUUCUAACUCCUAUCCUCCUUCCUGGGAUUGGAAAAUCUUGGAAAAUGAUUACACAGCAGAUCUAAAUAAAAAGUUUAAAAAGAAAAACCAUAGAACUUCUAACGAAAAUAUAUCUUCCAAAAGUAAUACGAACACGAUUUCUGAAAGCAUUGAAACUAAUAAUGGAGUGAUGAAGAACAGCAGCACACAAGAACUAAUAUCUAGUUUUCCCGAUUUAAAUGAAAACGAUAAGGCAGAACCGGAAACUACUGAAACUGAUGAAAAUACUACUCAUAAACAGGAGGAUGCACGUAUUGAGGAGAAUAGUGAAAUUGAAAAAGAGGUCAGUAAUAAUGAAGAGAGUUCCGAGAUUGAAAAUAAUGAGGAUCAAGACCAAAAUGGUUCAAAAAAUAUAGAAAAUGUUGACGGUAACAAUGAAGAAAAUGUUAAUGAAAAAGAUCACAAUAAAGAAGGAGAAAUCAAUGACGUUAUACAUAAUAGCAAUUCUGACGUCAAUAAUACGAAUGAAGAGAAUGAACAAGAUCAGAAAGAAAAUAAUAUCGUAGAAUUGAAUAAUGAACAAGAAGUUAAAGAUACUAAAAAUAUAGAUGAUACAAAUAAUGAAAAUAUCGAAGAUCAUAAUAAUAUAAAAGAAGAGAAUGAUAAAAAUAAAAGUACAGAAGAUGAUAAAGACGAAGUAGAUGAUAAAGAUGUUAAUGUGGAUAUGAAUAAUACAGAAAAGGAGGACGUGGUCCAAAAUAACGACAUUCAUGAUAGCCUAGAACAAAAUAUGAAUGAAUCUAAAGUAGAUAAUGAGUUAGAAGAAAAUAUAUUAGGUAAUGAUAGUCAAGAAGACAAAACUGAUAACCUUAAUGAAGAUAUAUCAAAAGAAACGAACGAUGUUAUUAAUGAAGACUUAAUAGUUGGAAGGGCUUCGUCAAAAACGUCAAAUAAAGAAGGUAAUAUAUGUAGAGAUAACAAUGAGGAUGAUGAUGAUGUGCAAGUACAAGGAAGUUCGUAUCCCGAACAUCAUGACAUACACACUAGUAGUCCGACACUAAAACAAAAAAAUACCAGCGCCAUUAGGGACAAAUCAAGGGUCUCUUCUGGCACUACACAUCAAAUAUAA